UGUGGACUGAGGAACCAAAGUCGCACCUUCCCUUCGAGUUCCGAGGGAGCUCUUUUUCAGUUGCACUGAGGAUAGUCUCCGCUCACACGAUUGGCAGCUGGAACCGGAAGCGCUUGGGAGCCUGAGGCCGGGCCGAAGAUUUUACCGCGAGAGACGUGCCAACCCGCUGGGGUGCGCGGUUUCCACCGGGAUUGGAGCCCAGAGGAACUCGUACGCGGUAGCAAUGGAGCGGGGCGCGGGCGACCGCACUGCUAGCGCCCUGUUCGCGGGGUUCCGAGCCUUGGGGCUUUUCAGCAAUGAUAUUCCACACGUGGUGCGGUUCAGUGCGCUGAAGCGCCGGUUCUUUGUGACGACCUGCGUGGGCAAGAGCUUCCACACCUAUGACGUUCAGAAACUUAGUCUGGUCGCAGUGAGUAAUUCUCUUCCACAGGAUAUCUGCUGUAUGGCAGCUGAUGGAAGGCUAGUCUUUGCUGCUUAUGGGAAUGUUUUUUCUGCAUUUGCCCGUAAUAAAGAGGUAGUACAUACCUUUAAAGGUCAUAAGGCAGAAAUUCAUCUUUUGCAACCCUUUGGGGAUCAUGUUAUCUCUGUUGAUACUGACAGCGUUCUUAUUAUUUGGCACAUAUAUUCAGAAGAAGAAUACCUGCAGCUGUCUUUCGAUAAAUCAGUAUUUAAAAUUUCUGCAAUUUUGCAUCCGAGUACCUACUUGAAUAAAAUACUUCUUGGCAGUGAGCAGGGAAGUCUCCAGUUGUGGAAUGUAAAAUCCAAUAAACUUCUGUAUACAUUUGCUGGAUGGAAAACUGGAGUGACUGCGCUUCAGCAGGCACCAGCUGUGGAUGUUGUUGCUGUUGGUCUUAUGUCGGGUCAGGUGAUCAUUCACAACAUCAAGUUUGAUGAAACAUUAAUGAAGUUUCGUCAAGACUGGGGACCUAUUACUUCGAUUUCAUUUCGCACAGAUGGUCAUCCGGUAAUGGCAGCUGGAAGCCCAUGUGGCCAUAUUGGACUCUGGGAUCUAGAAGACAAAAAGUUAAUCAAUCAGAUGAGAAAUGCACAUUCUACAGCAAUUGCUGGGCUAACAUUUCUCCAUAGAGAGCCACUUCUUGUCACAAAUGGUGCUGACAAUGCUCUCAGGAUAUGGAUAUUUGAUGGUCCCACAGGUGAAGGCCGGCUUUUGAGGUUCAGAAUGGGACAUAGUGCUCCUCUUACCAAAAUAAGAUACUAUGGACAAAAUGGACAACAGAUUCUUAGUGCAAGUCAGGAUGGAACCCUUCAGUCAUUUUCCACGAUACAUGAAAAAUUCAACAAGAGCUUGGGACAUGGAUUAAUAAAUAAAAAGAGAGUCAAACGUAAAGGACUUCAGAAUGCCAUGACAGUGAGACUUCCACCCAUCACAGAGUUUGCAGCUGAGGAAGCUCGUGAAAGUGACUGGGAUGGUAUCAUUGCUUGCCAUCAGGGUAAGCUAUCUUGUUCAACCUGGAACUAUCAAAGAUCUACAAUAGGUGCUUACUUUCUCAAGCCCAAAGAGCUGAAGAAAGAUGACAUAACUGCAACAGCAGUGGAUAUAACUUCUUGUGGAAACUUUGCUGUCAUUGGUCUCUCAUCAGGAACUAUAGAUGUAUAUAACAUGCAGUCUGGUAUACAUCGAGGAAGUUUUGGCAAGGAUCAAGCCCAUAAAGGAUCCAUUAGAGGUGUUGCAGUGGAUGGAUUAAACCAGUUGACAAUUUCAGCUGGUAGUGAAGGAUUACUCAAGUUCUGGAACUUUAAGAACAAAAUUUUAAUUCAUUCUGUGAGCCUUGAUUCAUCUCCGAAUAUGAUGCUAUUACAUAGAGACAGUGGCAUUCUGGGACUCGCCUUGGAUGACUUCUCCAUUAGUGUUUUGGACAUAGAAACUAGGAAGAUUGUCAGAGAGUUUUCUGGACACCAAGGCCAAAUAAAUGACAUGGCUUUCAGUCCUGAUGGUCGUUGGUUAAUAAGUGCUUCAAUGGAUUGUUCUAUUAGAACUUGGGAUCUUCCGUCUGGGUGCCUUAUAGACAGCUUUUUGUUGGACUCAGCACCCCUUAAUGUUACUAUGUCCCCUACUGGAGACUUUCUGGCCACUUCCCAUGUGGACCACCUUGGAAUUUAUCUAUGGUCCAAUAUUUCCCUGUACUCAGUUGUUUCAUUACGGCCACUUCCCACAGAUUAUGUUCCUUCGGUAGUGAUGCUUCCUGGUACUUGUCAAACCCAAGAUAUAGAAUUAUCAGAAGAAACCACAGAACCAAGUGAUGAAAUGAUAGCAUAUGACUCCCCAGAACAGUUGAAUGAGCAAUUGGUGACUCUUUCACUUCUUCCUGAAUCCCGGUGGAAAAACCUUCUUAAUCUUGAUGUUAUUAAGAAAAAGAAUAAACCAAAGGAACCACCCAAAGUACCAAAAUCAGCACCAUUUUUUAUUCCAACAGUUCCUGGCCUUGUACCCAGAUAUGCUACACCUGAACAAAAUAAUGAUCCUCAACAGUCUAAAGUGGUAAAUCUUGGAAUUUUGGCUCAAAAAUCAGAUUUCUGCUUGAAACUUGAAGAAGGACUGGUAAAUAAUAAAUAUGAAGCUGCUCUUAGCCUUCUGAAAGAAUUAGGCCCAUCAGGAAUUGAAACAGAGCUGCGAAAUUUGUCUCCUGAUUGUGGUGGUUCUAUAGAAGUUAUGAAGAGCUUCUUGAAAAUGAUUGAGAUGAUGUUGGAUAGAAAGCGUGAUUUUGAGUUAGCCCAGGCAUACCUUGCACUCUUUCUGAAGUUACACCUUAAAAUGCUUCCUUCAGAGCCAGUACUUCUAGAAGAAGUCACAAAGUUGUCAUCACAGUUGGAAGAAACAUGGAUCCAUUUACAAUCACUCUUCAAUCAAAGCAUGUGUGUUUUAAAUUACAUAAAAAGUGCUUUGUUAUAAAAAUAAACAUAGGUAACUAAGUCAAAGACUUUUAUAUUAAAGGAGUUGAGUUUAACUCAUAUCUUUUUUCCAAGUUCCUCAUAUGAAAAGAAAGUAAAUGCCAGCACUGCCAACUAGUCAGUCAUCCUCCACUUUAAAUGCUAAAUACUUUCUUGAAAUAAAAUUAUACCUAUCUUUUGCUUUAAAGAUAUAAAGAAUUUUCUCAAAUGAUUUAUUUCCUGAGACUCUUCAUGUCAAUUACUUGGGUAUGACUUUUUUUUUUGUCAUCACCAAGCUCAUUUUUUUUUUUAAUAUUUGUAACAUAUGAGGUGUGCUGGUGUUUCCUAUAAGGUAUUGCUGAGUUAAACUGAAGAUAAAACUGAUACAUAAUGUAGCUGUAAAAGUGCCUUCAUGUUAUGAGGUAAAAGGCAUGUUUCUUUCCUUGGUGGCCUUUCCUGAAAACAUAGAGCUGGGAGGCGUGUUGGACAGUGCAGCGCUCUUGUAUUGCUCAAGGAAUUGACAAGGAAGUUGCUCAAGAUCUCAGUGACAGAUCCAGAUUUUCUAACACUUCCCUAAUCCUGUCUCCACGGUAACCUUUCUAAAGGAACUUAUUCUUUUAUAUGAGAGGCUCUUUCACAAGCAACUUACUGCAGGAGACAAUUGAACAGACCCCAAGGAUAAGUGAGGAAAUUCCAAAUUCCAUUAAAGAUACCCUUGAAAUGCUUUUCUUCUUCACUGAUGACCUUUUUAUUUGGGAAGAAACUGCUGACUGUACUUUUCUUUCAUAACCAUUGUGAAGCUCUGGAAGUUUCUCUUUCUCUUAUCAUUGUUGUUGUGGUUCAAGACUUCAGCAACCCUAACUAAGCAGUUCUUCUUAAAAAGCACACUGUUCUAAAAACUUUUUAGUUUUUCUAGUUAAAAGUAGUGUCAUUCAUAAAUUUAAACAGGUUGUAUUUGAAUACAGGUACAUUCUAAUUAAGGAUAUACUUUUACAGAAUAAUCUCCUGAAUGAAUAGUCCUUUAAUUGUCAAGGUGUUUUUGUUUAAUCGUAAAAGGCAGAAUUAUUAAACUGCUAAAGAAAUAAGCCAAUCUGGUUUUUAUACUUUGUUCUUUUAGAAAUGUAUGUAAACUUAAAACCAUUUUAUUAAAUGUUAAUAAUGACUUAAGUUCUAGCUUUAAAAACUAUAUUUCCCUUGCUCCAAAUACUGUAUUCUAAAGACAGGUACUAUCUUUAUGCAAGAUAUGAUAUACAGUUAUGUACUAUGUGAAGAUUGUAAAUAUCUAAAAACAUUAAUAAGAGUUCUAAACAACUUGUAUUGCUGUGACAAAUCUUGAACUUUUUUUCACAUGGAAAUACAGGAGUUGAGUAUAUUUUUACUGGAGAUAUCUUUAAAUAGUUUUAAAGCUUCAUUCUGGCAGGUAUUCUUCCAGAAUCUUGUAUGUUUGCCAUCAAGGAAGAGAGGGAGAAAAAAAUACAGAGGAUAAUUUUUUGUGUAUAUAUUUUUAAAAAUAUAUCGGUCUGUAUACACUGCUUUUUCUUUAAAUUUUAAACUACAGACCCAGUAUUUGACUACUGUUGACUUGUGAAAACAUUAAAGACAAGUCUGUUGCUGAU